AUGAAACUGCUACGAUCAGAGCUAAUUCGUCAGCGACCUCUGAGGGCCCGUGUACCCAUCCUACACGUCUUGUUGAUGAACAGCAACAGUUUGUCGAUGGGCUAUUAUGCCGAGGUAGCAAGUCGCCACCUCGUCACACUUCUUCAACGAAUCUUGCGUAACCGAGCCCAACACGGUGUAUUUGCUAGAGCCGGCGGACGUGGAGAUGGUACUGGAGGUACCCACACGAGGAGUCGUUGUUUUCUUUUAGAAAACAACAUGAGUGUUGAGCAAAUCCUAAAACAGCUUCGGGAACGACCACUCUACUCUUGGGUGCAACAAGUAGUAAUUAUCAUCACGUAA